GUGUGUCCCGAUAAGAAGUCGGCCUGUCCCGAUGAGACCACCUGCUGCCAGCUGACCAGUGAAACCUACGGAUGCUGUCCUCUGCCGCACGCUGUUUGUUGUUCUGAUCACAUCCACUGCUGUCCUGCACACUCCGAGUGCGACCUGGUCCACAGCACCUGCGUGUCCAGGCAGGGAGACGCCAUCGGGCCGCUAACCAUCGGGCCGCUCGCCACCAUUUCCACCAUGCUGCCGCUCAGCAACGGUGAGCCACAGCUCGUUCAGGUUUAA